GCGCCCGCGGCCGCUCCCGCCCCCUGGCGGCGGCGCUCUGUGACGUGGCGCUUCCGGCGCGCGGGCGGCGGCGGCGGGAGGCGGUCGGGGAUGGCCUGAGCCUGCCCCGCUGGGCACCGAGGGGCUGCGGGACCCUCCGGGAGCCUCCGCCGGGCCCGGGCCCGUGAGCGCAGCGCUGCCGCUUCGGUGCCUCGGCAGCCAGGAGGAAAACCCGCAGCGAGCGAGGAGCUCCCGUCCCCGCGGCGUCCCUGUCGUGAGCCCCAAGGUGGCACCGCGGCAGCGCCGGGGUCCCCGCACGGCUCGGUGACACCGGGCACCGGGAGGUCCAGGCGGGGGUAAGCGCGGGGGUGGCGCAGAUGGAGCCCCCGGCCGCGCCCCUCAUCGUGGGGCUGGGGGACGAGGUGACGCUGGUGGCCGGGCUGGCCGUGCUGCUGCUGGCGCUGGUGCUGGCCUGGCUCUCCACGUACGUGGCCGAUGGCAGCAGCCAGCUCCUGGGCACCGGGGACGCGGCCGUCAUCCGCCUCGGGCCCCUCCCGCCCUACGCGGGGCCCGCGGGGGCGGCCGAGGCUCCGGAGCCCCCCGGGAGCCCCGAGAACGCGGAGGAGAAGGCAGAGGAGGAAGAGGGGGCGGCGGCUCGGGGGGACAGCGGGAGCCCCCCGGGUCCCGGCCCGGAGCUCGCCCGGAGCUUGUCCCAAAGCGCCGCCGAGCCCGGCGCCCCCGGGGCGGGGGACGCGUGCCCCGGCCUCAUCAAGAUCCGCCUCAAGUUCCUCAACGACACCGAGGAGGUGGCGGUGGCCCGGCCCGAGGACACCGUGGGGAUUCUCAAGAGCAAAUGCUUCCCGGGCCAGGAGAGCCAGAUGAAGCUCAUCUACCGCGGGCAGCUGCUGCAGGACCAGGCGCGGACGCUGCGCUCUCUGCGCAUCACCGACAACUGUGUCAUCCAUUGUCACCGCUCCCGGGGGGGCGGCGCGGCCGCCCCCGCCCUGCCCGAGCCCGGCCCCGGCGCCGCCGCCCCCGCGCUGCCGCUGGCCGGGGGGACGCUCAUGGUGCCCACGGUGAUGGUGGUGCUGGCGCUGGGCUGGUAUUUCCGCAUCAACUACCGGCAGCUCUUCACGGCGCCGGCCACCGUGUCCCUGAUCGGUGUCACCGUGCUGGUCACCUUCCUGGCCUUCGGGGUGUACGGGCAGGCGGGCUGAGGCUGGGGGGGCACCUCGGUGUCCCUGGGCCCCGUGUCCCUGUCCUCGCUCUGUGACCGGAGCCACCACGCGCGUCCCAGCCCUGCUGCCGGACUUUACCCCCCAAAAACGGGCUGUGCCCCCUCCCCAAACUCCAGCCCCAAUCCCAGCUCUGGGGGAGUGGGACAGCGCUGGAAUGGGCCGUGGCUUCUUCCCAAGCCCCAAAAAAAGGACUUUUUAAAGCAAAUAAAAGGUGUCAAGUCA